CUAACCAACAUUUCUCUGUAUUUGACAGUGAACGGUGGCAGUACCUUCUAUGUUAAUCUUCUAUGGUAAAAGUAGGGAAGCUGCAUGCGUUCAAUACACGUGUUUCCAGGAGAGCUCCGUGAAAGUCUUUAUUAGAGUACCAGGACCAGGACCAAGACCAAGACAAGGUUCGGUUGUGAAAUUGUCACUUCAAGCUAUGUCUAAGCGCCGACCGAAAUCAGAAGAAUCUGUACCACCACCCAAAGCUGAUGAAAACCCCGAGCUCGAGUUGUCUCCACCAAUCGUAACACGGACACGUAGCGGCCGACGGGUUCGUAUUCCAGCCGCUCUCCUGGACUCUGAGGUCCCGAGUUCAGCGAAAACCCCCAGUCGCCGCACCAGGAAAUCUGUUAUUCAAGAGGAAUGCACUGGCAUUGCCGAGUCAGGGUCUGAAGAAGUGGAAUCAAUAAAGCCGACAAACCUGUGCACGGACUAUGAAAGUGUGAGUCUGGGACUGGAUCCGGAAACAAAAAAACGCAAGGUCGACCCCAGUAAUCCAUCUGAAGUGAACCAUGUGCAUCUGCAAACGGAUGACGAGAGCUCCCUGGAAACUAUCAAAUCCAAUCGGACAGCCAUUCAACACGAGGAUCUACUAGUUUCGGAUAGUCUGCCGACAGAUGGAAACAGAGAAAAAGAAAACCAGGUUGGAUUGGGGUCCGUGGAAAAUACAGUUACACAGAGUGGUCAGUCUAAGUCCAAUGUGACACAGAGGCAGCAAAUGAUACCCCUGGGUAAACCCAAAUCGGGACGGGUAUGGAAAGACCGGAAUAAACAGAGGUUCUCCGCCCUGCUGCGGGACAAGCCUCUGCGUUCCUCCUGGGAGAAGAAAAUGGAGGCCAAGAGAGAGAAGGAGCUGGUGAAGAAAUUUACCCUGCAGCUCAAGGAAGAGAAGGCCAAAGAGAAAGAGGACAAGAGGAAACGGAGGGAGGAGAACCUGAAAAGACGCGAGGCGAACGAGCGUAAAGCCGAGAUUGUGCAAGUGAUCCGAAAUACGACUAAGAUAAAGAGGAUGAAGAAGAAACAACUGAGGAAGAUCGAGAAGAGGGAUACGCUUGCCCUGCUCCAGAAAUCAGAGCCCAGGAACCAAAAUGCUGCCAGGAAAGGGAGCAAGGGGAGCCAGUAAAGAUGAUACACUGAUUUUGAUGCUGUGCUAUGCAGAACUAUGUACUCCAUGUAAUGAAUAUUGAUCAAUACGGUGUCAGAAGCAGGAAUUUUUUAUUAGGCCUCUAACAUGCAAAGUGUGCAUGUACAGUUUAGAACUGCUCACAUUGGUUAGCAACACUUUGUGUGCAACUAAAGGUUCACAGUGUUUGGUCACCAUUGCAUGACUCAGCAGCAAGAAAGUGAAACUGACUCCUUGCCUGUAACAACAAGACCUAGAAAAUAUAUUAUGGUUUUUGGAAACAAAACACUCAUAAGGUUCCACCACAUUUUCCCAAAUAAUAUUAAGAGAUAAAGGAAAUCAAGCUGAAUGAAUUGCUUCCCUGAGUGACCUCUGUUUUUGGUUUAAGUGACAUUAUGCAUUUUUUAUGUUUUAGUUAUUUUUGUUUUCUGUUUAAUCUCUGUCGCCUGUCUAUCACACAGGGGUUUUCCAACCUUAAACAGUCAUAGUCUAACCUGUCAAACUUGCUUCAAGUAAAUAAAAGGUAAAACCAA